GAUCGAGAGUGACUUGGAAGCGUCCCCAAAGGCCCGACUCGGUUCCCUCUCCGCCCCAUCUCCUGUCGCUACAUCCAUGGCGUGCGAGUUCUCUCCGGUCCCGUAGAUUGGGAAGGAGCCGAGUCGGAAUCCUAACGUCGAGGCCAAUUGCUGGAGUCUCUCGCAGUGGGACGCCCCAAGCUUGAGGGAUUCUUCUGCUGUUUGAAGGAUUAGGGUUUGGAGACAGCACCGGCGACAUGACGGGGUUUUGGCACGGGAAGUUGAAGCGGAAGGAUCUGGAGGAGGUGUACGAUGAUUUCGCGGAGUUCUCGCUUUCGUCCCCCGCGCGAAAGAUCAGGAGACUGCUUCUUUUUGCCGAAGGAUGCCGAGCUGCCACCAAUUAUGGAAGAGGGUGAACCGACAUCAACUUUGGUAUAUAAUCAGCAAUUGCCGCAAGGGAACAUUAGUUCUAGUGAUAUGCAGACUUCAGGAUCUGUAGUGAGUGAGGCUAUGUCUGGAUACCCUUUGGAUAAUGAGGAGAGAGCAAUUGUGCUCUACAAACCUGUGGAGACACCACUAAUCUUGUCCCCUGGUCCCGAUAAUGUUUCUCUAAGAGUCAGCUUGGACUUCAUUGAUGGAAUCAGACAUCACAUUUUCAAUCCAGGGAAUCGAAGUUUUGACAAGAAGGAUCAACAAACAGGUGUUACCAAUAGCUGCUUAGCUGUGAUUCCAUGGGUGCCACCGCACGCAGCGACUGCCACCAAUGGGUUUGGAGGAUCUGAAUCAGAAAGCAAGUUGUCCCAGGAGCCAAUGGAGGCUGAGGAAACUGAAGCUGCAUCCAUGGAAGUUGAAGAAGUAACAGAGCAAGCAACUACUUAUGGACUAGACAGUGAAGGCUUUCAGCAGCGGCAACAGCACUGCCUGAACCCCCAGUAUCUUCCCGGCACAUCCAGUCCUAUAAUGUGGUCAUUGUGAUAGGUUAGUGAUCCCGAUCAUCUCCAGUGAAAGAUGUGCCAUGCUUUGUCUAAUGAAAGGCCACAGAUGCUGCAUGUGUUUUGGCUUCUUUUGCAUAUCCUCAUGUACGACUGAUGAUUUAUUUCAUCAGAGGAGUUGUAGUAGUAUGGAGGAUCAGGAAUCAUUGUCCUUGCUACAUGUGUAUAUUUUUUCUGCUUUACAAAGAAAGUUUAUUUUCUGGCCA